UGGGUAGGAAGUGCUCUUGCUUCCUGCGCAGCGACAUGCGCAUGCAACGCUUGCAGCAUGGCGUCAAGGGCAGCUAUGAGGAAGUCUGCACGCCUUGCCUACUGCAUCCUUUUCACCUUGGCGAUGGUUCUGGCAUGGAUACUGCGCGACUUCGCUAAACCCAUAAUCGACAAGCUGCCAUGGAUCAUUCAUGCGAUGGGGCAUGGUGAACCCAGCGCAAAGUGGUAUGGUCAGCAAGCAGUGUACCGCGUCAGCAUGGGCAACUUUAUUUUCUUCGGGCUUAUGUCACUGGCAAUGGUGGGCGUCAAGUACAAGAGUGACAAGCGGGAUCAGUACUUGCAGCACGGUGGUUGGUUCUUGAAGGUGGCAUUGUGGCUUCUCUUCAACAUCCUACCAUUCUUCUUCCCCGUCAGCUUUGUGAAUGGCUACGGUUGGGUGGCUCGCGUGGGGUCAGCUUGCUUCUUGUGCGUCCAGAUUUUGAUGCUCCUUGAUUUUGUCACCAAAUGGAAUGACACCUGGGUUGACAAAGAGGAUGAGAGGUAUCUAUGGGCAUUGCUGACGGUGACAUGUGUCUCCUAUCUCGGCACUUUUGGAUUGGCGGGCAUCCUGUUCUACUUUUUCACACCUGUGGGAGCUGACGAAUGCUCCUUCAAUGUGUCCAUGAUCACCUUCACACUGAUCAUUGGCAUUAUCAUCUCGGGUGUCUCCAUGUCCAGCCUGGCCAAGAACGGCAGCCUGUUUCCAUCGGCCAUCUUCACAUUCUACUGCACGUACCUGUGCUACUCUGCGCUGGUGUCAGAGCCCCACGACUACCAGUGCAACGGCCUGGGCCAGCGCCUAAAUGCUGCCUCCGCCACCACGCUGGCCACCGGCAUGCUGCUCACGCUGGUAUCCGUGGUCUACUCGGCGCUGCGGGCAGGCUCCAACACGGCGCUGUUCCGGCUGAACUCUGAGGAGGACUCCGAUCCUGUGGAGCAGCCCCUGCUGGAUGAUGACAAGGGCAGGGCCUACAUUGCGGAGGAGGGAACAUCGGCAGGGCUGGAUGGAGAGGUGGGCAUGAGCAGGACGGCGCGCACCGCUGACGAGGCAGAGCGUGCAAAGCAGACGGCGGACGAAUUCACACCGGUCACGUACAACUACGCAUUCUUCCACUUCAUCUUUGCUGUGGCCAGCAUGUACCUGGCCAUGCUCAUGACAGGUUGGGGCACUGGUGCUGAGGAGCGGGAUCUGAUUGAUGUGGGCUGGUUCUCUGUGUGGGUCAAGUUUGUCACACAGUGGGCCACCGCAGCCACCUACUGCUGGAUGCUGGUUGCACCAACAUUAUUCCCGGACAGGGAAUUCCUCUGAUCUCUACCCUGCAGGCUGGAAAAUAUUCAGGGAGAGUUUGGUGCUUUUCAAAAGAUGCUUGGAGAAGUCUGACUGUUCUUUUGAUAAGGGAAAUUUUCUUGAAGUAUGACAGCCUGACUCCCAAUUACUAGGAAGUGUUCUUGUACAUUAUGUGAUUCGAGUCGUGAUUAUCACAGCUUUUGACCAUGAAGACCGGUUUGACAUGAAGCAAAACUUUCAGUCAGUGCCUUUAGAGUUUGUGAGGGUUUUCAUACCGGUACCGUAUGGUGUGACCAGAAUCAUUGACUCGAGUUCCAGAAUCAUUGACUCGAGUUGACGAGAGGAGCUCCCUGUGAUGGAUCGUUGUUAUGUGCCUUGCUGAACUCAGUCAUGCUGCGGCAAAUACUUAUUGUUGGUUUACUUUUAUUAUUAGAUUGAUGGUUGACUGAUGCUUUAUCUCCAGGGUUCUACAGUUGACUCCUGUAAAUGAGGG